GGACGACAUCGGAAACCUCCGAAUUUCCCUGCACUUCCUUUACACAGUGAGUCCCUUCGUUCCCUGUAAAUUUUCUUCCGUUAAAGUUCACCCUACAAGUCACAUUUUUUUUCCCGCCUUUUCCGCGUUCGGUUAUUUUGAAAAUUCCGGCUAAUCGUUGUCGCCGAUGUAUCGGAGGGUCACGUGACUAUCCGCGCCCUCCCAUUGGUCGACCGUCAGUGGUCGGGACUGGUCAGUAGCGAUCCACUUGACAAUCCCUCGACACCUGGCAGGGAGUUUGACAGCGGGACCCGAAACGAACGAAUGUCAUCGUCAGGGAAACGUGAGCUGAAAAAAAUCGGGGAUCACGUUCUGCUCGCGUCGAACGAGGGGUCAACAUGCUGAAAAGUGAUUCCAUUCACGUGUCGAGUGAUAACGGACUACUGCGCGCGGAAGGCCAUCCUUCGUUAUCAGAGCUGUUGAGCAGAGAGAGCACGCGCAAGUGAAAUUAGUCCGGCCAGGAAGCGAUACAGUGUUCAUCGUUUAAUCGCCAAUUGGCAGUCUUGGCACUUGUCGCGACAAUUGACCUACGUCGGAUAAAAUUCCAGAAAGUCAUAACCGAGGGAAUAAAAAGCGGGCGAAAAGGGAAAUUAGUGCAAGUGAAAUUAGUACAGAAUGGCUUUGAGUUGCUGGGAGAAGAUCGCCCUGGUGGUGGUCGCCGCGGUUGGGCUGAGGAUCACCAUCAGGCUGAGUCUUCUGGUCUGGAAGAAGCUUGUGGCCCCGACUUUGGGUCUGGGUCUGGACCUGACCAGCCAGGGGAAAUGGGCAGUGGUCACGGGGGCCACCGAUGGACUCGGCAAGGCCUUCGUCAGGGCUCUGGCCGGCAAAGGACUCGACGUCGUCCUGGUCUCCAGGUCCAUGGACAGGCUGAAGAGUGCCGCGGCAGAGAUCAAACAGGAGUUCGGGGUGGAGACCAAAGUCGUGGAGGCUGAUCUGACCGAAGGUCAGCCCGUCUACGCGAAGAUCGGCAAAGCCAUCGAGGAUUUGGAGGUCGCCGUUUUAGUGAACAACGCCGGAGCCAGCUAUGACCAUCCGGAAUUGUUCGUCGACGUCCCCGAAGAGACGUUGGCCCGAAUUUUGCAACUGAACGUCGCAGGAGUGACCGGCGUGGCACGAGCCGUUCUACCAGGGAUGAUGGAACGAAGAAAAGGAGUCGUUAUCAAUAUCAGCUCGGCUGCCGCUGCCAUGCCAAGUCCGUAUCUUUCGGUCUACGCUGCCAGUAAGGCUUACGUUGACAAGCUGAGCGCGGAUUUGGCAGCGGAAGCUGCCCCAAGAGGUGUCACCGUCCAGUGUGUCCUUCCGGGGCCGGUUGCCACGAAGAUGUCGAAGAUCAAGCGGCCCACGUGGAUGGCACCGAGUGCGGACACAUUCGUGGAGUCCUCCUUAAGGACGGUGGGAAUCGAGUCCAGGACGACAGGAUACCCUCCACACUGUCUGAUAGUCGGCUUUGUUAAUGCACUGAGAUGCAUUUGCGAGAAGGGUGCCCUCUGGCUGGUGUCCAGAACAAUGCUGAACAUUCGAGGCCGAGCCUUGAGGAAGAAGACUAAGAGCGAGGCCAAUAUCAAGAACAUCCCCGAGCGAGAGGGCGUCUCGAGUUGAUCUCAAAAUUAUUUUUAUUUACCCCCACGGGUACUCUCUGUGUAUCUACGGUUAUUAUUAAGUCUGUUUGUUGUUUUCCUAAGGAAUAAAAAAAGGAAUUGUUGUCGCGAGA